AUGCAGUGCUACUCAGAUCUCAUUCCUCCUUCUGGAGUCACUCAUGCGCUCUCGCUCCCUUUCACAUCAGCGCAUGCCGACAACUUGAUUAUUGCCCGGACUUCUCUUCUGCAGCUCUUUCAAUGCAAGUCAGUCCCCGCAGGCCAGGACACCAAGCUCGUCCUGGUUGCCGAGUACAACCUUGCCGGCACAGUUACAUCGUUGGGCAGAGUCAAGGUCACAGACUCGAAGGCCGGCGGAGACGCCCUUCUCAUCGCCCUGCGUGAUGCUAAACUGAGUCUUGUCGAAUGGGACCCGGAACUGCAUAGCAUAUCUACGCUCUCAAUACAUUACUACGAGCAUAAUGAUCUCCAGGCUGCGCCAUGGCAGCCUGAUCUUGCUGAUUGCGUCAGCCGUCUCACGAUUGACCCUUCAAGUAGAUGUGCCGCUUUCAACUUUGGCAUAAGUAAUCUCGCCAUCAUCCCGUUUCAUCAGGCCGGUGAUGAUCUGGCUAUGGACGACCUGGACGACGAACAUGACGAGAAGGCACAGACAAGUCCGCAGCAGGAGGGUCAGGCUGGUGAUGCCCACUCAAAGUACAGCCCAUCUUUCGUGUUACCAUUAACCAUUCUUGAUCCUGGCCUAUUACACCCCGUCGACAUGGCUUUCCUCCACGAGUAUCGCGACCCGACCAUUGGGAUUCUCUAUUCCACAGCCGCGCGCUCCUCGAAUAUGAGUCCUGAACGUCAAGAUGUCACAAUCUAUGCGGUCUAUGCUCUCGACUUGGAGCAGAAGGCCUCAACCACCUUGCAGUCUGUACAGAAACUUCCCAACGACCUCUACCGAAUUGUGCCGCUGCCACUGCCUGUAGGAGGCGCAUUGCUGAUCGGCGGUAAUGAGUUGAUCCAUGUCGAUCAGGGUGGGAAAUCAAGUUCCAUUGCGGUCAACGAGUUCGCAAAGGAAGCUUCUUCGUUCCCAAUGACAGACCAGUCCGAGGCUCGAUUGAGGUUGGAAGGUUGCCAAAUAGAGCACUUGGGCAACGCCGCCGGCGACAUGUUGGUGAUACUGAAGAGUGGAGAGCUUGCUCUUCUGGGCUUCAGAAUGGAUGGCCGUUCGGUGUCCGGACUGACCCUGCGAAAACUCGGAACAGCACAUGUCCAUAACCUCGUGGAGGGUUCUGCGUCUUGCACCGCGAAUCUCGGAACAAAUUGUCUCUUUAUCGGAAGCGAAGGAGCCGACUCGGUUCUGCUUGGAGCAGACAAGAAGCCAGCCCAGUUAAAACGCAUACGCUCACGAGCGCAGACUCAACCAAAUGGAGUGGAAUCUGAUCAGGAGGAAGAAGAUGCUCUAGAUGACGAGGACGACGACGACCUCUACGGCGAAGCCAUACAAAAGCCGAAUGGACAUGCCUCAAGCGAGUCCAGUGGCCAGAACUUUCGAGUUAUGGAUCGGCUUCCAUCAAUAGCACCUAUAAAUGACUUGGCCCUCGGCCCCCUGGGCAAGCGGAAGCGCGAUGAGAGCGAUAAUUCUGCUCUAUCAGGCAACCACUCAUCUGAGAUUAUGGUCGCAUACGGUCGAGGUCGUGCCGGUGGAGUGGCUUCAAUAACCCGCCACCUCGAGCCGGAGACGACAAAACGGGUGAGGUAUGAAGAUGCUAUCGGUAUAUGGUGCUUGGGCUCCACGCAGAAAUCUCAAGAUCACAAACCGGCAGAGGAGCUGGUCAUCGUUUCUCACAUGACCGCGGAUGGUGUCGGCCGAUCUUCGUUGUAUCGUCUCAAUGAUGGCGAUAUGUCGCCAAUCGCAGACAGCGACUUCGACCAAGCUGCUGGUUCAGCAAUAUCGGUCUUUAAGCUGCAGGCUACAAAUCACACGAUCCAGGUGCUGCCCACGGAAAUCCGUGUCUACGAUGCCAACUUUGGCCUCUCGCAGAUAUUUCCCGUGGUCGAUGAAGAAGAAGGCCAACUAGCCAGGGCGACGAAGGCUGCCUUUGCCGAACCUUACCUUGCCUUGGUCAAAGACGACGGUACAAUGGCCGUGCUCAAGGCAGAUAAGGCCGGUGAGCUUGAUGAAGUUGACCAUCCGACAGCCUUCAAGGAUAAGACAAUCUUAUCAGUAUCGCUCUAUCACGAUGCAGGCGAUUUCUUUCAGACUUCGAGGCUGUAUGGAGGCGCUGCGACUUCAGCUGGACCAAUUCUGGCACUGAUGGCUUCAGAUGGCCACUUUUGCCUGUUGUCUCUUCCCAACCUGCGUCUCCAAGUGUUUCAGUGUGACAGUCUGCCAUUUCUACCCACUCAUCUGUUGCAAAACACACAGCUACCCAAGCAUUGGAGAAACAAGGACGAACUAGCAGAAACUCUGCUUGUUGAUCUUGGAAACAAGAAUGACAAGCGACCGUAUCUGGUUGUUCGCAGUACUACCAAUGAUCUCGUCAUCUACGAACCCUUCGCGGUGCCCGGCGUAGUAGGCAGCUUCAAGUUCAAGAAGAUUGCAACAAAGCCAGCAGAAGCUCCCGAGGACACAGUCGAGGAAGAAGGCGAAGAAUCGUCACUCCAGCCGAUGCAAGUGAUCAGGGACAUAGCAGGGCAUGCCUCGGUAUUUAUUCCUGGAGCGCAGCCCAUGCUCAUCCUCCGCGAGGCGUCCACCAUGCCACACGUUUACGAACUGAAGCCACAGAACAUCAAAUCUCUGAGCGCAAUCAGUACCGGUACCAGCCCCCACGCCUUCGUCUUCAUCGAUGACACAGACUACUUGUGUUUCUGUCAACUCCCUCAAACCCUCAUGCUCGGGCACUCGGACUGGGUCAUCGACCGCGUCUCCCUCAACGAAGACAUAACCUCACUCACUUAUUUCUCCCCGACAGACUCGUACAUCCUGGCCACAAACUCGAGCACUGAGUUCCAACUCCCCCAGGACGACGAGUGGCACCCGGAAUGGCAAGCUGAAUCCACGACGUUUCUGCCCACAACGCUUACUUCCACUCUAAAACUCCUCAGCUCUCGGUCCCACCGCAUCAUAAGCCAAUUCCACUUCGAGGCGUCCGAGCGGGUGCUCUGCGUGAAGUCAAUCAACCUAGAAGUCUCCGAGGAGACGCACGAACGCAAGGAUCUUAUUGUCGUGGGCACUGCCGUCGUGAAAGGCGAAAACAUUACGACCAGAGGAAACAUCUACCUCUUCGACGUCGUCGACGUGGUCCCAGAGCCAGACAUACCCGAGACGGAUCUGAAGCUGAAACUCAUCACCAAGGAAGAAGUCCGUGGCGCCGUGUCGGCAAUUUCGGGUGUCGGAUCGCAGGGCUUCCUGCUCGCAGCGCAGGGCCAGAAGUGCAUGGUCCGUGGGCUCAAGGAAGACAUGUCCAUACUGCCCGUCGCCUUCCUCGACAUGCGGUACUACGUGCACGUCGCCAAAGAACUCCCCGGCACGGGCCUGUGCAUCCUGGGCGAUGCCUUCUCGGGCCUCUGGCUCGUAGGCUACUCCGAGGAGCCCUACAAGCUGCAAAUCCUCGGCCGCGACUUUGAGAACCCGGCCGUCCUGGAGGCCGAGUUCCUCCCCGCCGCGAAACAGCUGUACAUCGUCUCGGCCGGCGAAGACGGCGUGCUCCGCAUCUUGCAGUACGAUCCCGAGGACCCCAAGACCGAGCGCGGUGCAAAGUUGUUGCUCCGGAGUACCUUUCACACCGGCGACAUGCCGACCAGCAUGACGUUGGUGCCACCUCGGCUACCGACCGCCGCUUCUGCUGCUGCUGCUCGUGCUGCUCAACGCUCCUCCAACACCACGGCCACCGCGGCGGCGUCGUCGUCGAUGGAUCUUCUCGACGCACCCUCGUCCCAGGCGCACACCAUCCUCAUGACUGGUGCGACCGGCUCGCUCUCCCUGCUCACGCCGCUCUCCGAGCCCACGUACCGGCGCCUGUCGACGCUGCAGAACGUCCUCCUCUCGUCCGCGCUAGACAGCCACGCGCACUACGCCGCCCUCAACCCGCGGGCGUACCGACAGAUCGAGACGGACGGCAUCGGAGGGAGGGCCGUCAUCGACGGCGACCUCGUCAGGCGGUGGUGGGAGCUGAGUGCCCAGGGCCGAGCGAGCGCCAGUGACAAGGCCGGAGGCAGCGUUUGGGAUGUUCGCGGUGAUUUGGCCAUUGUGGGAGGAGCGGAGGCUGGGUUUUAG